AUGUUGUCAUCGUAUGGCCGAGCUUGUUCAGGAUUUUGCAGUAUUGCAUCAUCAUUUGGUUGUAAGUUAUCUUGCUGGUCCGAAUGUGGUCAUCAUCAGACCGAGGGUGUCCAUGAUUUUGCUGAAAUAGAUCAUCAGGUGGCCACAAGAUUCCAUGGUCGACCUGAGGGUGUUCAGCAUCAGGCCGAGAGUGUUCGUGGUCGCUCCAAAGCAAGUCAUCAAGUGGCCGCAAGAUUUCAUUGUUGGUCCGCAUGUGAUCAUCAUCAGGUCGAGAUUUUUCGUGAUUUUGCUGAUGGGCGUCAUCCGUUAGGCAAAAUUGAUCAUGAUUGGUCCCAGCUGAAUUCUCUUCGAGCCGAGGUUGUUUGUGGUUGUAUCGAAGGGGGUCAUCUGUGCUUGCAAGUGAUCUUGGUCGGCCCGAAUGUGGUUGUAAUCACCUCAAGGAUUUCCAUGAUUUUGCCACGGGGAUUCACCAGGUGGCCGAAGUUGAUCAUAUUCGGGCCGACAAUGUUCGUGGUCGUGCUGAAGCGAGUAAUCAAGUGGCCGCAAGAUUUCACGAUCCUUCUGAAAAUGCUCAUCAUCGGACCGAAAAGGGCCCUGAUGGGACCAACAUGGUUUAUCCAUCUGAGCUAA